CCAGCGGUCGCGCCGAUCCAGCGCCCCGGCCCGGGCCUCGGCGCCCAGCAAGCGUCAGGCGAAGGAACUGUUAGAACAAUGCUAAGGAGGGCGAGGUGAGGAGCAGCCCCGACAGACACGGACAGACUACGGACAGAGCACAUCUGGAACAGGUGAUCAGAGGAGUCAGAGACCGAGUCCACCUGGGCAUCCCUCCCCUGCCUCAGCCCAUCCCGGUGCCCCGCCCCAAGACAAGACAGUGGGGCAACCAUGGCGACCAAUUUCAAUGACAUCGUCAAGCAAGGCUAUGUGAAGAUGAAGAGCAGGAAGCUUGGGAUCUACCGGAGAUGCUGGCUGGUGUUCCGGAAGUCUUCCAGCAAGGGGCCCCAGCGGCUAGAGAAGUACCCAGAUGAGAAGUCCGUGUGCCUCCGAGGCUGCCCUAAGGUGACUGAGAUCAGCAAUGUCAAGUGUGUCACGCGGCUCCCCAAGGAGACCAAGCGGCAGGCGGUGGCCAUCAUAUUCACAGAUGACUCUGCACGCACCUUCACCUGCGACUCAGAGCUGGAGGCGGAAGAGUGGUACAAGACACUGUCUGUGGAAUGUCUGGGGUCACGGCUCAACGACAUCAGUUUGGGGGAGCCUGACCUCCUGGCCCCUGGGGUGCAGUGUGAGCAGACAGAUCGCUUCAAUGUCUUCCUGCUGCCCUGUCCCAACCUGGACGUGUACGGCGAAUGCAAGCUGCAGAUCACCCACGAGAACAUCUACCUCUGGGACAUACACAACCCGCGCGUCAAGCUUGUCUCGUGGCCUCUCUGCUCCUUGCGCCGCUAUGGCCGGGAUGCCACACGCUUUACCUUUGAGGCGGGCCGGAUGUGUGAUGCUGGGGAAGGACUCUACACCUUUCAGACACAGGAAGGGGAACAGAUUUACCAGCGGGUACACAGUGCCACCCUGGCCAUCGCUGAGCAGCACAAGCGGGUCCUGCUGGAGAUGGAGAAGAAUGUGAGGCUACUGAACAAGGGCACUGAGCAUUACUCGUAUCCCUGCACACCCACUACCAUGCUACCCCGCAGUGCCUACUGGCACCACAUCACAGGUUCCCAGAACAUUGCUGAAGCCUCCAGCUAUGCCGGUGAGGGGUAUGGGGCAGCCCAGGCCAGCUCAGAAACAGAUCUCCUCAACAGAUUCAUCUUGCUAAAGCCAAAGCCCAGCCAGGGGGACAGCAGCGAGGCCAAGACCCCUUCCCAGUGACAGGAGGGCUGCUGGGCACCAAUGACUGCUGGGGCCACCUGUUGCAAAGCUGACUGCAGUGUCCUAUGGACAGCCUCAAGGGCUGUUGGCCAAGGGCCUGGAGAAAGGGAGGCAGCUGUUCCCUCCUUGCCCCCAAGGAUGUGGCUGGACCAAGGCAAAGGGCUGGCCACCCACCUGAGCAUGUGAGGGGCUGAGCUACUGUGGGACUAUAUACUGUUCAUGAUUUUAAUAUAUAUGGCUUAUGACAUACUCUAUAUACUGAGAUUCCCCCUAUCCCUCCUACCAACACAAGACACAUUUUUAAUCCCAUGACCAAACCAUGGUCGCGGUCAGGUGGUUUUGGAGUAUGAGGGCAGCUGUUUCCCUGCCCUGUUGUACAGCCCUCCUGCUGCCAGGACCUGCCUGAACUGCCAGGACUAGUGGAGGGAGACAAUCAGAACUCAAGGCUGGCGUGCCUGCUAGCUUUUCCCAAGCAGCCCAGGGCCCAAGACAGGAGGUAACUUCUCAAUUCUUUGGGCCUGGAGUGACACAGGAAGGAUGCAAACUUCCCCCGUGCCACUUGGAGUUCUAAGCAGAGGCGACAUCUGGUUGAUGCCUCAGGUGAAAAUCUGGUUUAAAAUGUACUUUCUGCACAGGCUGCUUCCUGCUUAGCAGGUUAUGAAGAUGCCCUUGGGGUGGGGGGUACCAUUACCUCAGUUGGGUGCAGGAUGGGGGGCCAGGCGGGAAGGCUGCAGCAGGACUGCUGUGGGGAGCACCCCUGCUGCCCCCUCUCACUGACCAAGGGUGGAUGCUGCCCCAGCAGGGGAGCCCCUCCACCCUGAGCUUGGCCGCCCUAUGCUAGAGCACUCAGAACCAAGACCUUCCCAUCCCUGCUCCCCACAUGGUGCUGAGGCUCCCUGCUGAAAUGCAAUUAAAGCAAUUGAUUUUCUAGUGCUGGUAUUUAUUGACUACCGUGCAGAAGGGCUAUCUUUCUAUUCACAUCAAACCUUUGGUUGUGUGGGUUUUUGUUUAUUGUUUUUUAAUAUUUUAGGGUUCUGAUUUGUGGGAACACUUUCUUGUAAAUAACCACUGUUCACAUUUGUGGCAGGAUGAUGACAAAGCAAGAGGCCCCUCCCAAAGGAGCCCUAGAUCCAGGGUGGUGGCAUAGCCAGCUCAGCUCUGAAUGUGACCCAGGGAAUGACCACCCAGAGGAAGCCAGUGUGCAAGGGAGCUGGGGUCCAAAAGCCUUGGGGAGGGAGGCAGAGCUGGCUGGCUCAGCUAGUGGCACGAUGACGCAUGAAGGAGAUUAUGUUGUGCUCUUUAUUGCCAAAAAUAAAAACUUUUAAAAAGA